UGUUAAUUAUAUCAUCACCGGCUGGGAGGAAGGCUUCAUUGUAUAGACGCCUGCUAUCGGUCUGCCACUUGAACCUGCAGGUAUUGUCUAGUGCACGAUAUGUGGGCUGGAUAAUCGUCGCUUGGUCCCUCAUUUGUCUUUCGCUGAACAGUUGCUGCUGGUCGAUCCCGUCUAGUUACAAUUCUAUCUGUUUACUUCAGAGGCUUAUCUUUUCUGGCCUCCCCAUUUAUUCCGCAUAAAAGAACUAGACGGUACCUGCAGGAAAAUGGCAGACGUACCUCUAGCAUCUCUCUCACUGACUCAUGUUCAUUAUAACCCCGAGGAUCCACUCUCUCUUCUGUCGGCUUGGCUUGCUCUAGUGCCUCAGGCUUUAGUGAUAUCCUAUGUCACCCUUGCCUGGGCAUCCAGGGAAGUCGAAGUGGUGCUAAUGUUCGCCGGUCAAAUGGGCUGCGAGGCCCUGAACUUUAUCCUAAAACGCAUCAUUAAGGAGGAAAGACCGAAACAAAUGUUUGGUAAAGGUUAUGGCAUGCCAUCUUCUCAUGCCCAAUUCAUGGCCUUUUUCGCCGUGUAUGCUGGUCUCUUCUUGGUUCUCCGGCACUCUCCUGUAUUGGCGCGUCCUGCAGCGACGGUACAUUUUGGGAUACGAGCACUGCUCUCUCUGGUGCUGUGUAUCGGCGCUGGUGCAGUGGCAAUCAGUCGCGUUUACUUGAACUACCACACUCCCAAGCAAGUCCUGGCGGGUAGUGGUGCGGGUGUCUUGUGCGCUAUCGCGUGGUUCUUUGUUACGCGGCAAGUCCGCAUCCUCGGAUGGGUUGACUGGGUCCUGGACUUGAAAGUGUCCAAGUUCUUCCGUCUUCGAGAUCUAGUGGUAAGCGAGGACCUUGUUGAGGCUGGAUGGCAGCACUCGGAAGCCAAGCGGAAAUCGAAGCGGAAAGAUUCCAGUGAGCAUCAUUCAAGGAAGACUGAAUGAAAUGAGUAUGCGCUUGGUGCGCUAGGUAGAUGGGGCCUUCUAGUGGCCCCUCCGUUUGAUUAACAUGCUUGUGCUGCUAGACACCUGCCGCUUAGACACUUCGAGCAGAAAUCAGUGCCUGACACCUGCGGCUAGUCUCGGCGAAGGCGUAGCCGAGACUUCUCACGGCUACGCCAGCUAUGCCAUGUGGCACUUUGAAUUUCAGUGAACGAGUCUUACUCGGAUGCAUAGACCGAUAACGUUCCUCCCUGCCCGAAGCAGUAACUUGUUUGUGAUUUUAUUCAUAGCUGUGGUUCCGGUUACUAGCAUGUGUAAAUAUGAAGCCUUCAGGAGUAUUAUCAAGUCGUGUCACAAUCCGCGCUGGUAAAUAGAUCGGUG